UGUAAUUAAUAACUAUUACUUAUUUCUAGCGUUGUUAAUAUUAUUUUACUUUUAAUAAGGUUAUGUUUCUGUUUACUUCUUAAUUUGCGCUAGUUUAGAUGAUUUUCACUCAAAAAUCGAAUUUAUUUUUGUAUAUCUAUACUUUAAAAGAAGAAGCAUGUCUGAUUCUGCCAUAAGUGUGAAUAUUGUAUGCAUGGAUCACUAUUUACACUCGCCAGUAAAAGAUUUAGAUCCUUUCAUGUCCGCAUUUAGAGCUGCAAGCAUUGAAAGACUACCAAUCAUAAGAAUUUAUGGAUCUACAUAUGAAGGUGUUAAAGCAUGUGUACAUAUUCACGGCAUAUUUCCAUACUUCUAUGUACCUUGUGACAAAGACUGCAGCAAUCCUAGUGCAGUUGCUUAUCAAAUGGCUUCAGCACUUGAUAAAGCCAUCAAUAUUACAUUCAAUCAAGCAACAUCAAGUCAACAACAUGUGUAUAGUAUUACUUUAGAGCAAGGAAUACCAUUUUAUGGCUAUCACAACGAAGAACAUCGUUUCUUCAAGCUUUCUUUCUACAAUCCAAGCAUGAUAAAGAAAGCUAGUACACUGUUACAAAGUGGCAACAUAAUGGGAUCUGUAUUUCAACCUUUUGAAUGUCACAUUCCUUACAAACAACAAUUUAUGAUCGAUUACAACUUAUUCGGCAUGAAUUUCGUCCGUUUUGCCAAACCACGUUACCGCAACGACAUUUCCCUAAAGAAACAAAGUGUUUGCCCUUUAGAGUUUGACGUUCUUGCUGAAGAUAUCCUCAAUCAAUACGACAUCAUUCCUGGAAAUGUCCCGUGCAAUCCAGGAAUACAAUAUAUACGAGACGAGGAAACAAAGCGUGAUGGUAGAGGCAAAGGUGAAGUCAUUGAAAGCAAUCUGACGCAAAAUAGAGUUGACAUUGAACCUACAAUAACCGAUUUAAAUUAUAAAGAGAAGUUGAAAGCUUUAUUGAAGAGUAAAUCAUCACAGAGUAGUGGAACAAGUACAAGUGGUACUAUUUUGAAUGAGACUAGUUUAUUAGACAUUUCUGUGUUGGAUAAUACUCAAUUAGAGGAGCAUGCACAAAUGUUUUUACAGCUUUGGAAAGAUAAUGACAAUGACAAUGAUAAACAGACAGUUGAUGAAUUGGAUGAUGAUUGUGUCCUCUCACAACGAAAAACAAAUGCCGACGAGGAUGAACCUGAUGAAAAUGAUGACGAUUUAAACUUUACCUUGUUGGAUUUUAUGAAUUCAUUAGAUAUGAAAGAAAUGGAAAGAAGAAAACAGUACAAGUUGCGCUCUAGGACUAUAAAAGUAUCAACUCCUGUGGGAAAAACAAGGAAAGGAAAAUGUACGACGAAACAUGCGGAAAUAUACUAUCCUGAAGAUGAAUCAUCAUCUGUAGCAGAAGAAUCAACACCAACAUUAUCAGAACAAGGUACACCAAAAAACACAUCUUGCUUAUUGCACAUAUCUGAUUCAACACCAAUAUCACAUGAUAAUAAUAUCAAACAAAGGAUUUCCAUUGAUCUCAAUGAAUUACAAAUUGAUAUGGAACAGUUGCAUAAAGACGGAUCUCCUUUAGAGCUUACAACUGUUGUGUAUCCAGUAAAAGUCAACACAAAUGACAAACAAAUUCCAACAUAUUUAAGUUAUACAUAUUCAAAACAGAUUAGCAAUGAGCAGCCACUACAACAACAACAGAAAUAUUUAGAUAUGCCUUUUUUGGAUGAUUCGUCAAUGUCACCGUCGCCAUCUUGUUCAUCAUCCAUUUCAUCUCAUGUGAGUCAGGACAAUUCUUAUUCAGUGUCUUCAUUUUCAUCCAAAUCUGCUGAUGAUAAUAAUAACAAUAUUAUCCAAUGCUUUGGUAAUAAACAGUUAGUUAAAUAUGUUCCUAAAGAGGAUAAAUGCUUGAAAAAAGUACAGAAACUACGAAAAACACGAAAAUUGUCCCAUAAUACUUCAUUACUCUACGAUGCAAUCAUCCAGGACGAUGUAAUUAUCCAACAACUGAAGAAAGGAUUAAAUCCGCGGUUUCGAAUUGUCCCUAGGGAUCAUAAAAGACCAUUUCUUCGUUGCAGUCUGAAUUACAUGAAAUGGCUGCUGAAAAUCGAAUAUUCAAAUAUUCUGAGGUCAACGUAUCCGAACACACAGUGGAGUUAUGAAAUGACUUCAGGUGUAUCAGAAGACAAUGCUUUAAAUCAGAAGCGCAAAUCAGAAGUUCAUGUUUUAUCAAAUAUUUUGAUCCCAUCCAAGUCUAUAACCUCAUCAGAUUUCUCUGAGGAACAAAAUCAAGAUGGCGGAUCUUAUAACGACAGUGACACUGAAACUAAAUCUUGUGUUUUUAAAGUGAAAAAUUUGAAGAAACAUGUCGUGGAUAUUUGUAUUCCAGAUGGUGCAGACUACGACGAGCUAAUAGAUCGUUUGGGUCCUGAUUACAUUCCUAAUUUCCGAUCUAUAAGAUAUAAGAAGAGACAUACAACUGGAGAUGCGAGUUGUUCGGGUAGAAUAACAAACAGGCGCAUAACUGGUAUGCGGAUAACGCGUUCGCUUGCUUCUGAGUUGAACAUCACCGAAAUGUUACAAUUAUCACCGACAAGGCAUAAGAAAAAAAGAAUUUCAGAAGUCAGCACUGAAGUUGCGGUUGUUCUUGAACCACCUCGUGAUUCCGCGUAUAAAAAGUUUAUUCCUCAGAUAGAUGGCGAUGAUGGCGAUAGCGAAUCGGAAGAUGAUACAUCAUAUGUUUUUGAUGAUCUUGUUAUGAAUGAUAUUGAAUUGCAUUCGGUGUCGCCGACUAUCUCAGAUCUAAAUAUGUCAGGUUUCUAUUUCCCCAGUAGAGCUGAGACUAACAAUAAAACUACAAUGGCAACUUGUUCUGUUGUUGUAAAACAACUCCCCGAAGAGAUCUUGAAUAAACAUUUAAAGAAAGAUGAAGUAAAUUACAGCCAGAGAUGUUCAGGUUCUUUCAAAAGAACUUCAACAAAAAUGGAUGAGACUCAGGAUGUCACAUCGGCGAUUUUCACUUAUUCCGGCGAAAGGAAAGCGUUGGAUCUUGUUCUUUCCGAGAGCCAAUUACAAUCCAGCAAAAUAGACGUGGAGAUUGCCUCGGCAGAUGUGUCAUACACUGAUUUUCGAUCCAGAUUGAAUCAGAGCGAUGAAACAACGUCGAAUAUUCUUCCUCCAGAGCUAACUUUACGUUCGGAAGACAGAAUUAAGAGAAAGAAGUGUGUAGUUAAUAUUCCACGAAUGAAAAAACGUGAAUUAACCAAACAUUUAAGGAAAUAUUACAAACGUAAUCCACAUGUAUGUCAGUAUAAUUUGAGAGCAAGAAAGAAUAUACCACAACUAGAUGGAGCUGAUGAUGAUUCAUCAUCGAGUGAUGAUGAUGAAUGUAUCACUACCACGAGGAAAAGAUCAUUGCGGAGUCAUAACAAGAUGGCGGCUAGGGGACGUCGUGCUAAUGUUGUAAAAGCCGAAGAAAUUAAAUAUCCUACUUUGGAUAUUACAGUCACACAGUCACCACAUUCAAUGAAACAUUCUCCAAGGAUGAAUUUACAAAGGAAUUCACCAAGGAGGCCACGUACACCUAGAAGAACAAGAGCGGAGACUGCAAAAAGUUUACAAGUGAAUACUGUGAAUCGUUGUGUAGAUGCUGCAUCAAGGAUACUAAACUUCGAUUUGGGCUCGAAUCAAACUUUUAUUGAAGAAAAAGUUGAGUGUCGCUACAAGCCGGAGAGUGGCUCAACGCAAAAUGAUAAUGUUAUGCCUUUAUCACAACUUAAACAAAAGAUUCUAUCGAAAUCUACAUUACAAGUUGACGAAAAUGAACGAAAAACUAGCAAUAAAACAGAAAUAAGUGAAAUUACCGCUAGAGAACGAGAAAUUCCGGUGAUAAUUGAUGAUAAUGAUUCAGAUGAAUUAUUUUCAUCCCCAAGUGAUAAUAUAAUAAAAAAUAUGACUAAAGACAUAUCAGAAAAAGAAGAAAACUUAGUAAAGACAGUUACACCUCAAUCCAAAGAUGAAUUAACACUUCCCUCAUCACUGGAAGCUUUGAUUACACCAUAUCAAGAAAACCAACCAGCUGAUAACGUGAUGGAUUCAUAUAACAGUCAAUGUAACUUAUUCGAAGAUAGUCAUAAUACCAAAACAAGUGAAAAUUCAUUAUUUAUCAAGUCAACAUCACAAAAUAAACCAGAAGAAGUUGAAAUACAUGAAAAAAUACAAACCGAGAUUGUUCUAGAUGAACCAGUGAAUAAAUUACUAACAAAAGCCGAUGAAUACGACAUCGCCAAUCGAAUGUUAGUACAAGCAGGACCAUCAAACUGUCCUGCGUCUUUUGAAAGUGCCAUUAUGUUUGCAUCUAGCGGCACACCAGCAGAACAAACACCAACACCAAAAGAAGAAGUGAGUAAUAUGAAUAAAUCAAUAAAUAUAUUAGACUUAACUUCACAUUUAGACAUCUAUGAUGCACAAGAUGUCGGCCAAAUGGAUACUGUAAGUUUAAAUUCAAGUUUUGAACAAAGCGGUACAUGCGCAUACAUAACCCCAAAGUACAAACCGCCAUCUUGGAAAGUAAUCACCGAAACAAUGGCGACUUACAAUAUACCACAACAUAAAUAUCAAGAUCCUUUCUAUAGUGAUCCCAAACAUGUUACUGGAGCAGUUGAUGUCGGUUACAAUACAUUGAAAAUACUAGCCAAGCAUCAUUACGAAGAAUUUCGCUCUUCGUUUAAAUCUUUAUUAGAUUAUCAAAAGAUAAUAUCCGGCGCAACCAAUCAAAAAGAACUCAAACAAUUGAAAUUGUCUUAUUGUACAAGUAAAUCAGUAUUUAUGCAACCCGUAAAGAAACCACCAAGCGUAAAGGAAGUAAAACUAUGGCUUCUGAAGAAAAAACACUCUUCAAAGAAAAAAAGAGAAGUUCUAGUGGAAGAUGCCGAAGAAGAGACUUGUAAAGAAGUCCAAGAUCACGAAACAACCGAAUUAUUAGGCCUUACUAUUCUGGAAGAUAAAGAAAACUUGUUGGAAGUCACAAGUCCACGAUUAAAUAAAUCUUCGUGGGAUAACAGUCACGCCAUCUCUGGUGUAUCAUUAAACAACACUCAUGGUUUCAAAAUGACGCUGGAGAAUUUACAAGAAGCGCGAUCUUUGGACAUUUAUCAAUAUAUUACUUCUUUAGUCAUGGAACUACACGCUGAAUGUCGUGGGGAUAAACUUCCCGAUCCACAAAUUGAUUCUGUAAAAGUGAUAUUUUUUGCUUUAGCCAAUGAUAUACCUGAUAAAUCACCUCCAUCAUCAGGUGUAGGUGUAGGUAUAGAUUCUACAGUUUCUUCAGCUGGUACUGAAGAACAAACAGAACAUUUCCUCAAAGGAUUCAUCUGUGUGAGUCCUGAAUCAUCAGAUGGUAGUAAUAUCCUGACGGGAACAGGAAUACCACUCACAAAAUACACUUUUACAGUAGCUGAUGAAUUGUCAUUGUUUAAAAAGUUCAUAGAAUUAUAUCACGCUUGGAAUCCUGAUAUUUUAAUGGGUUAUGAAAUCGAACAGGCUUCAUGGGGAUAUCUUGUUGAUCGAGGAUAUGUCCUGGGUUUAAACAUGCCUAUUCUACUCUCACGUAUUAAAGAAACCGAUAAAAAGCAACAAGCGCAACCUACUCCUGAAGAGAAAGAAACUCACGAGGAACAUCACUCGCAUUUGAAGGUCACCGGGCGGAUUGUCAUUGAUUUAUGGCGGAUUCUCAAACAUGAAAUCGCGCUGCAAUCCUACACGUUUGAGAAUUUAGCGUAUCAUGUUCUGCAUGAGCGUGUACCACGUUAUUCACCUAGAGAAUUAUAUUUGUGGUGGAAUCACAAGUCUUCCAAGUACAGACAUCGUACGGUUGAUUAUUUUUUGUAUCGAGUCGAAGGUGCGUUUAGAUUAAUAGAUCAUUAUGAUUUAAUCGGGCGUACAUCUGAGUUAGCUCGAUUGUUUGGUAUACUUUUCUAUGAAGUUUUAAGCAGAGGAUCACAAUUCCGUGUGGAAUCCAUGAUGCUGAGACUUGCGAAACCUUAUAAAUUCAUUCCGGUGUCACCGAAUGUUCAACAACGUGCGCAUAUGAAAGCACCGGAGUUUCUACCACUUAUUUUAGAACCUGAGUCGAAAUUCUAUAAAGAUCCAGUGAUUGUGCUGGAUUUUCAAUCGUUAUAUCCAAGCAUGAUGAUUGCAUACAAUUAUUGUUUCUCCACUUGUCUUGGACGUGUAGAACAUUUAGCUUCUGAUGCGAAAUUUGAGUUUGGUGCUUAUGAAUUGGAGGUUUCUAAGAAAUUAAUUGGGAAAUAUCUGAAAGCGAAUUUAUUGAAUAUUUCACCCGCUGGUGUUGCAUUUGUGAAAGAUUCUGUAAGACCCGGAAUAAUGCCUAGGAUGUUACGGGAAAUCUUAGAUACACGCCUGAUGGUGAAAAAAUCUAUGAAAAAACACAAAGGCAACAAAACUUUACAAAAAGUCCUACAUUCAAGGCAACUAGGAUUGAAAUUAAUCGCUAAUGUUACUUAUGGUUACACCGCUGCGAAUUUCAGUGGAAGGAUGCCAGCGUGUGAAUUGGCUGAUAGUGUUGUAUCGAAAGGACGAGAAACUUUACAGAGAGCUAUAAAAUUAGUGGAACAAAAUACAACAUGGGGAGCACGAGUUGUUUACGGUGAUACAGACUCAAUGUUUGUGUUGUGCGCUGGGAAAUCCCGGGAAGAUGCUUUUAAAAUUGGCGAGGAGAUUGCCGAGGCUGUUACGAAUGCAAAUCCGAGUCCGGUGAGAUUAAAAUUGGAGAAGGUUUAUCAACCAUGUAUUCUGCAGACAAAGAAGCGGUAUGUUGGUUAUAUGUAUGAGAGUAAAGAACAAAAAGUUCCGGAGUUUGAAGCGAAAGGUAUUGAGACUGUUAGGAGGGAUGGAUGUCCUGCUGCAUCAAAAAUGCUUGAAAAGUGUUUAAAAUUACUUUUUGACAAUCGUGAUGUGUCCGAAGUGAGAAACUACGUCCUCAAACAGUUUAAUAAAAUUUUAACUGGACGAGUAAGUAUUCAGGACUUGACUUUUGCGAAAGAGUAUCGAGGACGUGAAGGAUAUCGUCCUGGAGCAUGCGUUCCAGCUUUAGAAUUAACCAGAAAAUGGAUGUCUUCCGAUAAAAGAAAAGAGCCACGUAGUGGUGAACGUGUGCCUUAUGUGAUAAUUAACGGUCCGCCUGGAUUACCACUAAUCAAAUUAGUGAAAUCUCCUUAUGAUCUUCUUGAAGAUUCCAGUUUACGUCCCAAUGCGCUUUAUUAUAUUACUAAAGCAAUUAUUCCACCCAUUAAUAGAUGUUUUAAGUUGAUUGGCGCUGAUUUAUUCAACUGGUUUAAUGAAAUGCCAAGAAAACAAGUGCAAUACUUACACGUUGGUAGUCCCAGUAAAGGACCCAAGUCGACUAUUUCGCAAUACUUUGCUACUGCGGCGUGUGCGUCCUGCGGUGUGCAGACUAAAGAUGGCCUCUGUCCAAAGUGCCUUAAUAAUCCACAAUCGACGAUUGUCGCUUUGCAUAAGAAGAUACAUUUGUGGGAAAGGAAUUAUUUUACUUGCAGAAAGAUUUGUGAGUCUUGUUGUGGAAGAUCAACUGAUCUUUGUUGUAAUUCGUUGGAUUGUCCUGUUUUGUAUAGGAAUAUGCAAACUUCACACGACAUGCAGCAAACGGAUGUUGUGCGGUCGCUGCUUGAAUAUUUCCCGAUGGACAUUGAUAAUUGAUUUGUCAGAGUUUAUUUACUUUAAGUUACUCUUAUAUUGUUUGUAUUUUUGUUUGUUUAUGUGAAAGUAUUUAUUUUGUUUAAUUCUGUGUUAUAUGGUCUUAAGUUAGUUUAGAUACUUAAUAUGGUUUCAUUACUAAAAGUACUAAAAGUACGUCAAAAAAAAGUUAUUAUUUUGACUGGUACACAACUUGCUAAAUCUGCAAGUCAUUAUCCAUUAACUUUAAAUGGAUUUCCUAAAAGUUUUGUAAAAUUUAUAUUAUAUUAAAUGUAAAUCAGAUUAAAA